UUUAUAAUUUCGAUUUUCUUUGCGUUUUCGGUUAUAAUUUCUACGAUUUUCUUCUUGAAUAGCCGAAAUGUUUUGUUUGGCUCUUUGUCGUGCUUCGUUUCGAUCUACCUCGAACGAUUCAAUAGCUUCCGUUUCCAUAAUUUCAUCUAAUCGUGGUAAAUCCGAAAGUCUCAUGUCACAUCCGGUUAACAAUUUGAAUGGUGCUAUCUAUGUGCUUCUCGGAGGAGAGUUAUUUAUGUAUUGUUGGACUUUGCCAAUAAAUUUAUACCACUGAUCUGGAUUAUCUUUCGAAAGCUUUGAUAGCAUAGGAAUUACUAUCUUGUGUAUACGCUCUACUUGGCCAUUUCCCCUUGGUACUCCGGUAGUAAUAAGUAAAUGCUGAAUAUGAUUAUUUGUGCAAUAAUCCUCAAAGGCGUGCGAUGUAAAUACUGAACCUCUAUCUGUAAUGAUUCUUCUUGGAUUGCCAAACGUGGUUUCUUGCUUCGUCAAUCGAUCGAUCACUGCAUUAGUGCCCGUAUCUUUUGUGGGAUAAAGCCACACAAAUUUCGAAAAUGCAUCCACAACUACAAGUAUAUAAUUAUACUGCUUUCGUGUCGCCGUGAGAGGAGCAACGUGAUCUAUAUGGGACGUCAACAAAGGCUUAUCCUCUUUAUCAAUUGGUGCUAAAAAGCCAUCUUUUUUACCACAUUUCGAAUUUACGACAAUGCAGGCAAUGCAACUAUUCACAAUUUCCGUAACUUUCUUUUCUAGUUGAGGAAUGUAAAAAUCCUUCUCUAAGCAGUCCUUUGUUUUCUUCACUGAAAAAUGUCCUUGACGAUUCAUAUUGGCCACUAUGAGUUACGAAUGAUGUGUAUUUGCGAGAACUCUUAUCUACCGGUACGUGUAGGAAACCAUUUGCUAAAUCGUCAAUUAAGGUCAUCGGGAAAUUAUCCCGUACGAUUUUCAAAUUUAGUUUACGAUAAUCGCAACAAAGUCGUUUUGUGCCAUUUUUCUUUGAUACUAGUACAACAGGCGAAGCGUAGUUUGAGCAACUAGGACGUAUUAUACCUUCAUCUAACCACUGUGCCACUUGCUUGUCUAUGAUUUGCUGCUCCUCAUAACAUACCCUUCGUGGUGGUUGGUAAACUGGAACCGUCGGUAAAAAUAAUUUUCAUAUUCACCGGAGAACUAUCGUCUUUCUUUGGUAUAUACUGUUUUAUCAUUUGCUUCACUGCCUCUGUUGAUUUUUUAUUUAAAUGAGUUAAAUCAUAGUCUUGUUCAUUUAUAUCAACGUUAAAACAUAAAUUUGAAAAAAUAUUAGUCAUCAAAUCAUCAUCGUUUGUUAAAUUAUCUUUGACUCUCAUUGCAUUAUUAAUCGGCACAGACAACUUUCUUUAAAUUCAACCCCAUUUUCACGAACCAACAUAUCGAAAUGUUUCAAUAUUAAAUUACCCAAAAUCACUUCGUAACUAAUGCCGGUCGUUGCUACUACAUGAAACGUCAGAUCAACGAUACUCUGAUCAAUUUCUACUUCUAUAUCAAAGCUUCCUAUCGUUGAUAUUUUCGCUGCACCAAUACCAAAUAACUGCUUUUGUUCCGUUGUUAGCUUUAUACAUAUAUCUGUCCAACUUAUUAAAUGUGUCGCAUCUCAUUAAACACAAGUUACAACCAGUAUCGAUAAGCGCGCUCACUUCUACAUUACAAAUCCGUAUAUUUUUAAAUUUUAACUUAAAUUUUGCAAGUUCGUCAAUUGAAUUUACACGACUGUGUUCCCGCUCAGUGUUCCCACCUUUUAUUACUUUACACACAAAAGAUCUGUGUCCCAUCUUCUGGCACUUAAAGCAUUUGAAUUGCUUCGACGGACAAUCUCUAGCUAUGUGCGAAGGUUCACCACAUUUAUAACAUCUUUUAUCGAUUCUUAAUGAUAACGAAUUCUCCUGUUUUAUUUUAUCAUUUAUAUUUACGCUUUCUUCAGAUUUUCAACUUUUGGUUCCUGCUUGAUUUUUUCGUAAACUACUAACUGUUCUUUUAGUUCUGUCACAGUUUUGGCUUGGUAGAGAAUAGCUUUACUAUACUUAGAUCCCGGAAUGCCAUCUAUAAAAUAUUCCAACAAACUUUUGACACGCUUACACAUGCUUGUACAAACGAACUUUUAUUUUUAAAUUUAUUAAAAAAAAAAAAACAAUUAAUAAGGGAAUACAGGAAUAAAUUAUUAUAAUUUUACAGCCGUCGACCUGCCUUCGAUGUUCGCUUUCUCUUCGACUUCACUUCAACAACUCACACCGAGUAGUAUCUUCUGUCACAUCAACUCAGAGACGUAUUUUGUGGCAAAUACGCUCAGAGGCGCAUUUUUGUGGCGUGACACUUUCUUCAUCCAAGUGAAUUGACUUGCUUAUCUCCAUCAAAGCAUAUAGGUAUUCACUAACAUCUAUGCACAUCGGCUGCUGAUAACUUAUUUCCGAAUUCAUUAGUUAGUGCUAAUUUUAAAGAAUUCCAAUCGCGCAACCCGGUUUGACUACCCACAUAAGUUUUUGCAGCACCCCUCAAUAACUGUUUCGGAUAAACGAAUUUUUGUACAUCAAUCCAAUUUACUAUUUCUGCAUUUUCUUCUAUUUCUUCGAUCCAUUUCUGUAUAUCAGACGUAUUUGUUUCAUCAAAAGUAGAAAGGCUUUCUUCGAUAUCUUUAAGCGUGAAAUGUGCACAACCUUUAGGUGCAGAUGGUUCAGUACGUUUUUGGAUAAAAUCGCAUUCAGACUGAUUGGACUGAAAAUCGCUCUCUUCAUUUUCGUCAUCGUCACCGUCGUCAAUCAGGCCUAAAUGUUGGAGAAGUCUUCCCCUCAGUUCAUGUUUUCGUCCACUUACUCCUAGUCCAAAUUCCCUUAGUUUGUCGUUUAAAGUCGUCACUGUCAUUUUUAAAAUAGCGUCUGCAUUCAUGUUUACAAUAUUAAAAUAUAUGUUAAUAAACUAUGUAUAUAAAAUACGUAUAAAGUAAUUUAAAAAUAUAUCUUAGUUUAAGACAGCGUAAGUAUUUUUUUCAGAAUUACAUCAAAAUUCUUUAGUAGGUCAACUGACAAUUCGAACAGAAUGUUUUAAUACAGUAAAGUUUAGUUUUCAUAAAUUUCGUUCAUUUUGACUUCUUCUUCUUCUGAUAAUUUAAUAUUUCCAAAGCUAGAGACUAAGUCACAGUUGGCCUAUUCAUAUACCGUGUAACCAAUACUCCUCACUAUUCCUCAAUUAAUCAUUGAAAAAGUUAUUACUAUAACUUAAUAAAUACCGGGUGCAGCGUAAACUAUUAGAGUUUAAAUUUCACUUUCUUAAUAUAUUUUAUUUUUUAACAAGAGGUACCUUCAAUGUUUAGAUCUUUGAUUCUAAAAUUGAAAUUCAAGUUUCUCAACUUACAUUAAAUUCAUGAUUGCCGGCUGCUUCGAUCUUCCUCCUGUCCUGAUCCGCCAAUGGAAUAGCUGCUGCUCGUUUACGAUAGCUGGUUGAUUGCAGUUGCUGGCUGGUCCUUGAUUCGAUCGACUUUCAGCGGCCUAAUCCUGAUUGUUUGUGGCAGCUGGUUGCUUGUAGUUGCUCGUUUUUAACCGACACCGACAAACUACUUUGCUUAAACACAGCCCGACGUUGGGCGCCAAUUAAUUCAAAAUGCCUAUUUUGUUUGUAUUGACUUUAUUACGAGUAUUCGAGUGGGGCGCGUCCAGCUCGAAGAGCACCAAACAUUAUACUGAAAAUUAUUCUAAUUAUAAGCUACCUGUUGCUGUUGCUGCCGCCGCUGCUGCGUAGCAGUUGUGGUGUUGCGAGCUGGUAUAUGCAGGCGUGAGAACGAAUAAUUGCUGACUCAGUCCACGCGCAACCUUUGGAUGCAAGUUAAAACUUGUUAUUUCCGUUCAUGAUUCUGAGUCCGCUACUUGUUGCUGACUCAGGCCACGCGCAAUAUUUUGGGGCUCCUUCAAUUACAUUCUUGCGUCGCGUACGCGCGUGCACGCACGUUACAAAUAAUUUACUUGAGUGUUAUAAUGAUUGUCUUUACGUUGUAUGAUUAUAUUUUGAGUGCACUGAGAGUGUAUAGUGCUGAGAUGUCCUUGGAUUGAUGUAGCAGAUUGUACUGACGCUGUCCAGCCGGCGUCCGUUGACACGCGACCGAUUAUAUUAAUCGCCGAGUGCAAAUAUGAUGAGUGUGUCGGCGUCUUAUAACUUUAGUGCACCGGUACUAAUUAAUUACCCACGGUUCCUGUGUAUCAGGGCGUGAGCAAAACCGUGGUGAAGUGAUGCAAUAAUUAAUUAGCACGAGAUGAGCCAAAAGAGCUGGAUGAUUGCGAUUGCGAGAUGUAGCACUUGGAGACGUAUAGAUUACGUGAAUGCCCGAUGUGAACUGAUACUAUAUGAAUAUGCAUGAGUGGACGCUAUGGUAGUCACAUGAUUGACGGCGUGUAAUUGGCCGGUGUGAUUGGCAGAUGAUAAGUGGAGUGACGUCUUGAGCCGUUAAUUGGUCAAUGCCAAGGUCAAGACGGAUGCGUGCGCAUAAUGAGGUGCGUGAGAUGAUGGGCAGAGUGCUUUUAUUUCUUGUUAUAGUGUGACUAGAGUGUGGGCAAUGCAUUGGCAAUUCGUAACAGUACCAGCUUAAUACUAAUUAUAUUCUAGCCUAAAAAUCAGCAAACUACACUCCCUGAAGCCAUCCGCUGCUAGCUGCACUGUUUUUACCUACGUUAGAACGUUUAGGGAUAAAAAAAAGAGCUUUGGCCUUUUUUUUCACAACCGCCUUUAUUAAACUGACCUAAUUGACAUUGCUUGUUAGUUUUCUUACUCCUAAUCAUAGGGCUAGCUGUACUAGCUAUAUUUGUUUGUUAGUGCGCUUAAUUCUAAUAUUAAGAUUAACUGUAUGGACAUUCUUUGUAUGUAUUUUUAUAGUUGAGUUGACGUUGACAUGGCAGGAAUACGCUCAUUCUCAAUUCAACUUAGCUGAAUUUGGAACCUAUAUGUGUAGGGGUGGUAUUUAACAGGUAUUUCUAAACAAACUACUAGAAAUGUAAAAAUAAUGAAUAAUAUAUGUAUCGUUAUAUUUACGAUUUUGUAUUCAACUUAUUUGCUUUCUGCGUCGCGCUUCUCUGCUUCUUCGUUCAACUUCUAUGUUUCCUCCCUCCGCUUAUUCAACUUCUUCAACUUCUUCAGCUUCUCUGCUUCUUCGUUCAACGUUUUCAACUUUCGUAACUUUCAAAUUGCUGGUUGAUGCCACCAAUUGGUUUCUAUUGCUUACUUCUUCGCUGCUACCACUUCUCGCUGGAAUUUUUUUUAUUUCAUACGAAUGGACUACAUUAGCUAUUUUUUCGCCGUUGAUUCGUAGGACGACGAACAAUUAAUCUCGCUUCCCGAACUUUCCAGAAUUUUAGUAUGUUGAGCCCCCAAACUGUAGCGGUGGAUUCGUAUUUAUUAUAAGAAAAGUGUUUAUUUUACAAAAAUGUUCUUAUUUUAUUUUACAAAAUAUUCUUAAAAAUGUUUUAGUUUUCGUUUCAACUGGCACCGUGCUCGUCCGCAUAUCGACUGACUGUCAUUUUCAAAGUCUUCGUUAGCCGUUUCUUUGUCGCUACUCGUUCCUUCGUCGCUACUCGUUGUCUAUUACAGUCAGUGUUGCAGUUACUGUCCGUACGUUCGCCCACUUCUAGUCUGUCCCACGUAUGUAUGUUAUUACGAUAUUAUUAUGCUAGUACGAUAUUAAGCAUUGUAGUAUAUAAGUAUAUAAUUACUACAUGUUUAGAGUAUGGGAAUGUAAAUCGCGAGUUAUGUUAUUAAAGCUAUAAGUUAAGAUGCAUUUCCGCUAUGCUUUACUCAUUAUUGCUGAUUACGCAUUAUUACUUUUAUUUAGCAAUUGUUAACAUUAGCCUUAAAAGCGAUUGUCCCGAGAGCCUAUCAAAAAUAGGGGAGUUUUUUAUAAUUGAUGUAAGUAUUUUGAUCAUUGGAAAGAUCUUUGAUCUCCUUAAGAUCUAUAUUCACGGGGGGCAUCUGGAUAAGGUCCAGGCUUGAAGAUAUGAUUAUUCUGUUUGGUGCUUUCUCCAGAAUUUUCGAAAAAAUAUUAUACCGAGAAUGAUAGUUGCAACGGCUCCGAGUGAAAGGGAGCUAUUGGAUAUCGUUGCUGUCUUCAGAAGAUUUAUUCUUCGUAUGUUAUCAAUAUGAAACUUCUUUAAGGCCUGGAGAGAAAGUAAUUCAAUUCGAUUUCUUUCGAUUGGUGCUGGUUGCAGGACUGCUGGGAUUGCCGGCAGUGAAACCAAAUCGUAAUUAAUGUAAAAUUUAUGAUUUAUUUUUAACGUUGAGUUAUGAAAAUUAAUAAGGUGUGUCCCUGAUAAAUUUUUCUGCAUUCCCUUAGCAUCUAUUACCCCUUGAAAGCCAUUAACUAAUAUGGGUCCGGGUUUUACUUCUUCGAUUUGUUGGAUAUGUUGUCAUCUGGUAAUCUAGAUUUAUUUAUGUUUAUUAUCUCAUUACGCAAAAUUGAUGCUGCAGCUUGUAGAAUAUCUUGAUCUUGUAAAUGAGUAAAUAGUGAAUCAUCAAUAGUAGUUAUUGCUUUAGGUGCAACGACUUUUUUAUUAUUUGAUUGCAAGAUAUGAAUUUGAUCUUUAAAUUUAUCACGAAUUUUGUCUUCUAAAUAAUGGGAUCUGAAUCGAACACUGGAUGUUUCUUCGUUAUUUACCUCUCUGAAUGAGUCAUUAUAUUGUUUAUAUAAAUACGAAACAAAAUAACAUCGCCCACGUUUAAUUACGUUCUCUUCUAUUAGAGAACAGAUUUCUUCAAAAACAAUUUGAUGAUUUUCUCGGGAAGCAUGCCAUGAUGAAUGCGCUGGUUUUUUUAUUGAUGAGGUUUUUUUGUUUCGAAAUUCACUCCGACAAGCAUUGUGAUAAAAAAUUUCUUGAGUUGUAAUAUUUGUUAGCUUUUUUAGUGUUUCGUCAUAUAAAUCUGUAUCAAUCUUGAGAUCUUCCAGAAGGCUCGGUUGAAAUGUUUCUUUAUUUGAAGUGUGCAGUGCUUCGAUUUUCGAACGAAAUUUUUUAUUUCUUUUUUUGCAAAAGAAGCAUACCAUACCCAAAUUUAUUGAACUGAAAGUUUCGGAAGAUCAGUUGAUUCUGGGGGAACAUCGACCUCUUCUUCCAACGCAGCAGUUUGUCCAAGAUUUUGAUCUUCUAGAAUUUCACUUACAUUACUAUUUCUCUUACCGGUCGAAUCUUGCAUUGAAGUGUCAGCAAUUGUCGAGUUGCUCGUAGAUAUUGAUGACUGCUCAUUUAAUAAAUACCCUGAUGAAAUACUAGAUUGAGUUACAGAUGCAACUACAUUGUCACUAACGUUAGAUAGGUUAUCUGCAGUCGAAUCUUGCACCAAAGUGUCUGUAAUUUCAGAUUUACUCGCAGAUGUUGAUGGUUGCUCGUUUGAUGGACAUUCUGAUCUAACACGUGUUUUAGUUGCUGACAAAACGACAUUUUUACUUGUUUCAAGAAAUUUUCUCUUCAAUGCCGUAAAUGAACUAUAACAUGCACUGUGAUAACCUGAUUCAUAAAUAUCACUAGGUAAAAGAGUAUUUUGAUAUUUAAGUUUAUGAAGUUUUCGUUGUCGCAAAAUCAUUUGACAUUUUCCUAUAGUUUCCUCAGAAAACAAAUGUACUUUAUCAUUUUUUUCUUUGGCACAGAAAACACACUUCAAUUCCGACGACAUACUUGUGAUUCACGAAAACAAUAAUUACAACCAUAAGAAUUAAAAUAAACUUUAUAAUAUUAAAUAUUGUAUUACGCUCAAUGAAAUGCUUCUCGACUAACGGUCCAAAAUAAAGCAAAAGCAUGUGACAACAUAACCGUUACUCUGCCAUUCACUGGCUCUUAGACUAAUUGUAUACGCAUCUUGCAGUGUUUGUGUUAAAUACACUUUUGUUAUCAGUCAUGAGAUAUUUGCAACUUUUAUGAGGAAAACUGCACGUACAUUAUUGUUGGUUACCUCUUAGUGAAGAACCCUUUCCGUCAACACUUUCUGCUCAGCUAAGGACUUCAUAAUUAUGUCAUUUUGGUUGACAAUAGUUUCUGCAUUGCAUUUGGUAAUGAAUAAUAAUAAGAAUUAAGAUGUAGUGAAAUUAUUUAUAUUUAAUAUAAAUAAUAAUCUGUUUUAAAAGGAUUAAUUACCUUGAAGCUUUUGUAUAGUGUCUGAAAUGAAUUUUUUUACAUUUAAAUUAAUUUAAGUUUCGCUAAUUUUUUGCAAUUCGAAUUUCUUACUGUUCAUCUCCUUAAAUUGUUGCUCAAUAUUUUCCUUGAGGCUGCUACAACCUGGGCAGCAGCUUGUUUCGUCGCUAUCUGUAAACCCAUUUCUAUGAAGCCAAGUUAUAUACAACAUUUUUAUUGUAGUUAAUACUUACACUGAGACAUUGGUUGAAUACUGAAUGUGGAACGUUUAAUAUUUAGUAUCGACAUCUAAACUUUUUAUACUUUUUUUUAUUAACUUUGUACUAUUUUUAAUUUAAUAAAUAACUUUAUCUUUUAAAAUUUUGUGUCACUUUUGCUUGCACACGAUUGAGCAACUGAUUCACGGACAAUUGACUACAGCCUACUAAUAACGAAAAGAGAGAUUCCAAAGAACUAACAGUAAAGAUGCGAAAAUAAAUCAAAAACAAAAACACGUGCAUUCUCUAUGCUCGCCCUGAUGUGGGAUAUUUAUGCAUUACAUUGUAGUUAGCUUUUAGUUAGUUCAUAAAAGUUAACUAGAAAUGUGUUUUUUGCGUAGUUGACUACCGAAUUGCUGGCAGGGUGGCGUUCGGGUACACUUGUGUUAGUACUUCUUCUAUGUAUUCAUGACAGUUUAUCUUUGUGUCUAGUUUUCGUAAGAAACAAUAUUUAGUGUACCUAUCUAUAGAGCUAAGAUAUUGCGUGUUAUUGAUAUGGAAUAUGUCCAUUUGAAUGUACUCUCCUGUUUGUGUUGGAAUUGGUGUUUUUCCUAUAGGUUGUCGUUCGUACUUAUGUUGUAGACAUAUCUCGCAGUCUAUUGUUUCUUUUUUACACAUUUCUUUAAUGUUAGGCCAGAAAUGAGUUAAUAGUAUUUCCUGUGUAUUAUUUUUGUAAUUUCUACGGCCACGUUUGUGUACUUGUGUGAUUAUUUCAAUCUGCUCGUUUCUGCCAUAGGAUAUGGAUAUUGUUUUGUCCAUAUCGGAUCUUCUGAUUCUGUCCUAAUUGAUGCUUGAAUGGUGGUUGUGAAGGGAAAUGUUUCACUAAUACAAUUAUUUCUUUUCAUGAGUUUGUCUACCUGGUCUUUGAAUUGUUCAUUAUUAAUAGUAUAGUUAAUUGUUUGUUCAUUUUUUGAAAGUAUCCUUUUUUGGUACUUUAGGCUAUAAUUGAAUAAAUUUAUUUCUGCUUUCAUUUGACGUAAUCCUUCUUCCCCAAGAAUCAUGUCGAAUUCGUUAAGCUCAUUGAUUUCAAAAAAGGUUAAAUGAUGGCCGUACAUCGUGAUUACAUUUUUAGAGUCUAUGACGGAAUAACCAUGAAAUGUGUUAGUUUUAAAUGGUUUAACUUUAAUUGAUUUCCCUAUGUUACAAAUUUUAUUUAUAUAAUUGUUUGUUGAUCCUGUAUCUACUAAUAAGUUAACGAGCGUGCCUGUUAGGCCACAUUUUGUUUGAAUGCAGGGCAGCCCGUUUAUUCGCCUAAAAAAUGCUCCCUGCUUCAUAUUGUUCUUCAUAUUUCGAGCAGUCUACAGAUUCUAAAUCUUCUUUUGGUUUGAUUUAUUUUGUGUGUUGCAUUUCCAUUGCUAAAUUCCUUAUUUCCUUUGUUCGCAUUAUGUCUAUUAUUGAAGCUACGAUUCACUACGUUACUUCUUGUUGUUUUUACAAAUCGUCUGGAGCUGUCUAUGCCCAUUGGAACUGUUAAUUUGCUGCAUCCUGUCAUUUGCUCGAUAUUGCUGCUGGUGACGAUAUGAAGAUUGGUUAUGGUUGAAGUGAGGAUUAUACUUGGUCUUGUAGUUGUGUCUUGAUGGAUCAUCAUAUUCUGUCUUGUUUUGUGACACAAAUUGUUGGUGACGUUGUGUGGGUUGAAAGCGAGGAUUUUGGUUGUAUCUCGGUGGAGUAGAUUAUAUCUCGAAUUACUGGUUUGCGUUGUCAUGAUGGAUGGUACAAGCUAUUGCAUACGCUAUUUCCACACUCUAAGUUGUUUGGAUUGUUGCCAUACAACGUUCCACUUGUGUAUUUUGAAUUUAAGCCCAGAAUGAAUGUCCUGACUGCUUCUUGGUUAGCAUAGUCCUUCAUAUCCAUACUAUUAUGCUUAUUAGACAUCUCAAUUUUGGAUAAUGCUAAAUUGAGCGCUUUGGACACAUUGCUAUGGAAUUCUGCUAGGGAUUUUCUUCCUUGUAUAAUUUUUUUCAUUUCAUCCAAUAAAACGUAUAGGGGACGUUGGUCGGCAAAGGUAUAGUCCAAUCGGUUGAUAAUGGAGUAAAAAUUCAUCUUCGUUUUGCGGUUUGUCAAAAUAUCAGCCGCUUGUCCUACGAUCUUUGUCCUUAUGAUUCCGAGAGCGCUGUAGUAUUUUGGAUGAUGGCUCAAGUUUUUUAUGGCUUCCAUGAAUGUCCAUACUUGUGACCUCCAUGAUCUGUAUGCUGCCUGACUGCCAUCAAAUUUAGGCAGUGAUCUUUUGGAUCGACGACGUUGAGUUUGAUGUCCUCAAGUUCGAUGAAUGGUGUCACUUCUGGAAUAUAUUGUUGUUCCAUUGCUAUUAGUCGUUGUUUCAGUUCUUCUUGUUGCUGCUGCAGAGAUGACAUCAGUGACGCCAUUUGUGCAUGCAUUUGAGCCAUUUGUUCUUCCAUUUCGGUUUGCGGUUUUAUUUGUCUGUUGUCGUCAAAUGUUUGUUUUUUUAUUGACUUACGAAGUUUUUUUAGUGCGUCCAGGUUUGCUAGUUAAUUAGUGAUGUAUUGUCUGCUUUUUCAGGAUCUAUACUUAGUGAUGUAUUGCUAUUUCAGGAUCUAUACUUCUGUUUUUUUUUUUGUUAAUUAUUUUAGCACUUUUUUCAAACAUUUACAGCCCGAUUCUGUGCACUUGAUAAAUUCACCAUCUUGCUUAUUUAUCAAAAUUUAUUAUUUAUCAAGUCUUUGGUAUUCUGUGUCAAAAACCAAAAGCUCUUUUCUAGAUAAAUUAUCAAGAUGUCAAAUGCUCUUGACAAAUUCAACAGCUGUUUGUGAAAAUAUUGUGAACACAUUUUAAUUGUAAUUUUGAUUGAAAUUAAAUAAAAUAAAAUGGAAGAAGACAUAUUAUUAUUGUUGCUGUUAGAAGAGGAGGAAAAUUUAGAAAAUAGAGAUCGCGCGCGUUAUUUCAGGAGUUUGAGGGAUUCUACUGAUCCAUUUGCCCUCAGUGAAAGUGAGUUCAUGAAAAAUUUCCGACUGCCGCGUGAUAUUUGCCGGAGUCUAAUAGAUGACUUACGGCCUCAUGAUCAACAAAAGACUUCAUUGCCUUUGACCAUUAGAGUCCUGGCAACUUUAAAUUUCUUUGGUCACGGUUCCUACCAAAAAUGUGUCGGUAAUAACUGCAACUUGCCAAUGAGUCAGUCGUCACUCUCGAGAAGUAUGCGGGCCGUGGCCAAACUUAUAGUAAAAGUUAAAGGAGAAGAAAUAAAAUUUCCUAGUUCCACUGAGGAAGAAAAUAUAGUCAGAACCGGGUAUGUACAUACAUGUGUAUUAAAACAAUUGGAUUCAUCUAAAUUCACUGAGUUCAAUUUCAGAUUUUUCACAAAAUACGGAAUAAAGAGUACUAUAGGAGCAAUCGACUGUACACAUGUUGCAAUUAUUGCUCCUGCGUCAAAUAAUAUUGAACGUCCCCUUGGCUUAUAUUUAAAUAGGAAGGGCUUCUACAGCAUUAAUGUCGAAGCGGUAUGUGAUCACCGUUUAUGCUUCACGUUUCUGAAUGCUAAAUUUCCGGGUGCGACACAUGACUCUGGAAUUUGGGCAACUUCUGACCUACGAGAGCAUCUCAUUCGUCAACACACCAAUGACUCUGUAGGGCACCGAAGGCAGUCGUGGCUGAUUGGUGACCAAGGUUACCCUUUAGAACCUUGGCUCUUAACACCGGUCGGAAAUCCUAGUACUUCUCAAGAGCGAAAGUAUAAUAAGCUACAUUGUACUGCCAGAAAUUGUGUUGAAAGAGCGUUCGGAGUUUUAAAAUCGCGUUUCAGAUGUUUGCUGAAGCACCGGGUUCUACAUUAUUCCCAUGAAACGUCCGCAUUAAUAAUAAGCAGUUGUGUUAUACUGCAUAAUAUAAUUACGAAAGCUGGUAUUACCAUGCACGCGGUGGACAACGAGGUUGAAGAAGACUCUGACCAUGUAGUUAAUUCCGGUGACUGUUUGCAGUAUACACGAGAAGGUGAAAGGAUAAGGGCAAGAUAUAUAUCUACACUUUAACACAUUAUUACACUAUACACUACAUUACUACUAACAAUAUGCAUAUAUACACUGCACAAUGACAUUACACAUUAACCUACUCCUGUUACAUUAUCCGUCUAUUAUUACACAAUAUAACGACUGCUAACAAUAUGUGUAUACACAAGUCAUAUGUAAACAGAAUAUCUAAACAGAAGCACACAUCACCGCACUUAAAAGUAACCCCUGCAUAGCCUGUGUCAGGCACAUGCUAAGCUGCUCGGUCUGAGUCACGACAUCUUCAGCUACAGAAUAACACAACCAGAUAUAAUUAUUAACAACAUUGUUUCAUUAGUUUAAUUCAUUAGUUUUAAUAAUUUAUUUUAAUAAAAACAAAGUCCAUUAACAUACAUACAUAUGGAU